UUUCUUUUUAUUAGAUUUAUCGGAUCCAAAGGUAUAUAUUAAUGGCAAUCUUAAAAAUUCACUUACCGUUGAUGAAGGAUAUCCUCUACUUUUGGCAUGUAACAUGGAGGGAAAUCCAGUUCCAGUUACUAUCCUAAAAGAACUUACUGGUAACGAGAUCUUGGAACAACGUAGUAGCUGGAUAAACCACACACUGAGAAGGGAAGCAGUGUGCUCUGACACAAACACAUACAUCUGCGAGGGAAGCUCUUCAGAGUUUGAAAGAAAAUAUCAAUCAUUCAAUAUCAAUGUUCUUUGCGACCUUCGCCUUGAUAUGUCAGCUGUAGUAAAAACCAAUUAUGGUUCCAUGAGUGGCUCAGAUGUGAAUGUUCCUGUUACUGUGCCAGUGAUAGCAAACCCCCCGAUUACUCCGUCAGGGAUCACGUGGUCAGGUCCUUCAGCAGAAUCUAUAUUGACGAAUGUAGAUUUACAAAGGGAUACUUUUAUAUACAAACAAAUGAUUGUAAGCAGCAUUCCCAUUCCUGACCAGAGAGCCUUCGGAAACUACUCACUGAUGUACAAAGGAAAGACGAUCAUCGAUAUAACAAUAAAUGCCGAAGAUAAACCUCAACCACCUUUGAACUUUACCGGAUAUUCCUACGCCUCUGGAUACGUCAAUCUUACCUGGAUAUCAAAUUUUAAUGGAGGUCCGGACCAAGUCUUCACCUUGUAUCGUAAAGAAGGGUCAAACUGGAGAGUUAUCAAAAAUCUUACCGACCCGGGGGAAGGUGAAGUUGGAUUCUUUGACCCAGGACUGUUGAACACAGGACAAGAAUACUGGUUCCGGUUAGAGAGUUGUAACAGAAUCAGCUGUUCCUCAAGGCCGGCUGAAGUCAAGGUCACUGUGCGAGCUUUAUCCAGCCCAUCGUCCCAGUCAGAUGAUACGACAAUCGUGAUUGGUGCUUCUGUGGCUAUUUUUGUCAUCAUUGUAGUCCUAGCUAUAAUAGUCGCAAUGUUUUUACUAAAAAAGAAAUCAGCCGAGCAAAUAGAGAAAAAUGAAAAACGAAUGAGUAAACCCGCAGAACCAGACAAUACUCAACCGGAUGUUGUAUACGCCGCUGUUGAUAAGAGUCUCCUGAUGAAGAACAAACAACAGGCUGACGUAGUGAAGAAUAACGUCACCAAGGCUCAAAAUGAUGAACGCGAAAACCUGUACUCUAACACAGAGGAUGCCAAAUUACUAACCAAUUCAAACCUAAAGAAAGAAAACAGAAAGAAAAAGAAAAAGGAAGAGACGUCACGGCAGGAGGACGAGGAGGAAGAGGGGGCGACGUACGGAAACGUGGAAACCAGGACGGUGAAUCAGGAUGGACUAAUAUACAUCGAUGUUGAUUUUGCAAAUAAGCCCCCUAGUUCAGACACAAAGGGGAGACCAGUCAUACAUGGAGAAGAAGAAAGAACAGAGUACACGUUCGUGGAUUUCUCCAAGAAAGCGCCACCUAUGCAGGAAGAAGAAGAUAAAGAAAAUUGAUAGAGAUUCAUUUUUGAUACUCAAUUUUUUACAAACAUACGGUACAAAAGUAUUUUUUUUUAUCUAAAUGAAAUUAUUCAAUUUUUUAAAAUGUCGGUAUUUUUUUUAAAUAAAGAAGACCUAUAUAUGUUGUUAUUAAAAAUUUCUCCUGGAAGAUUAUUAUCAAGUUCAUAAAUUUAAACAUGUUUGUCAUACCCAUCAACAACGACUUGUUCACUUAGACCUAGAUCAUUAGUAAAGAAGAGACCUGUCAUCCAUUGUACAUUUAAUAUUCCAUACCGGUACUUUAAGUAUCUACGUAAAAAAAAAUGUUAUGUCAUAAGUAAUUGAAAAUCUAACACAAAGACUUCAGUCAUUAAUUCGAUUCAACUAUUCUAUAUGAGACUUACUAACAAGUAACUGUUUUACAUAGAAGCACUGUCUGGAUCAUCAAUCAAUUUUAUAAUUCCUUAUUCCUUUGAUUCUUUUUUCAUAUCAUUCUUAAUCAUAUCAUUUUGUCAUAGAUAUGUCUAUGUGUUUUAUUUCAACUAAUAAUAAUCAAAGUGUCUUUCCUUUGACGUCAUUGAUAUUUUUUAAAGCUGUAUUUACAUCAAUCAUGUCUUCAAAUUGCAUAAAUUUCUACCAAUGUGUGUGUUUUAUGAGAGAGAGAGAGAGGGAGAGAAAGAGAGAGAGAGAGAGUUGUGAGUCAUUGAUUAUUUUGUUGCAAAAGCAGCAUGAACAUUUAUCUUUUCGAGAGAAAGAGAAAGAAACCUACCUUUAAGUUUGAAUGUUUUAAGCUAUUUCUUUCACAGAGUAAGGCAUAUUUGUGUUAUCAUUUUUAUAAUUUUAAAGAGGAAUUCUAUGAGGAUUUUUUUGUAUUGUACAUGUUCCUUGUUGAAAGAGAAUAAUGUUCAUAUCACAAACAAAUAUACUGUUUAUCAUAAAGUU